CGCAAAUAUGGCUCCACCUUGUCCACCCCUGAACUAUAGCGUACCAAUUCGCUGAGAGACACCCUCCACACCUCAACCCUCUAAGAUCCAGAACCACCGCCGCCACCGAAUCUUCUUCAUACAACAACGUGGUACACACAGUCACAUUAAUUUCCCAAAAUGGUAAUUAACCGCUGACCCAAUCCUUUUUCGGACCCUCCUGACCUCAAAAUAAGCUUCUGGAAGUUAUACGAAUCUUAAUUCCUUGGUGUUGAGUUUCAAUGGCUGAGGCUCAGAGGUCCACUGGGACUGUGAAGUGGUUCAAUGGGCAAAAGGGUUUUGGAUUCAUAGCUCAGGAUGAAGGUGGUGAUGAUCUCUUUGUCCACCAGACGGAGAUUAGGUCCGAAGGGUUUCGGACCCUCCGGGAGGGUCAGCAGGUUGAGUUCACCAUUGAUUCCGGCGAAGAUGGGCGUAGUAAAGCUGUUGAUGUGGUGAGUCUUGGUAGAUCUUAUCGCUCUGGUGGCGGUAGGGGUGGGGCCGGCAUGCGCGUUGGUGGAGGCGGUGGUGGGAGGGGAUAUUAUGGCAGGUAUGAUGGCGAUUAUGGGGGUGGUGGUCGGGCAAGAGGUGGGAGGUUCGGUGGCGGCUAUGGGGGUGGUGGUGAGGGGGUCGAGUGUUAUAAUUGUGGGCGAAUGGGUCACUUAGCAAGAGAUUGCUACAGAAGCGGUGGUGGUGGUGGAAAUCUGGGAUAUGGCGGUGGCAGUCGUGGCGAGAAUUGGGGAUAUGGUGGUGGUGGGAAUCCAGGAUAUGGCGGUGGCGGUCGUGGUGGGAAAUGGGGAUAUGGUGGUGGCGGGAAUCGGGGAUACGGUGGUGGUGGCGGAGGUGGCAAUGCUGGGGCAUGUUACAACUGUGGGGAAGUAGGGCAUUUUGCGAGGGAUUGUCCUAAUGAAAGAGAAUGAAAAUUGGUGCUUAUUUAUCUAUGGUGCCCAUUUCCUAUUGCUCUACAUGAUGAGUUAUGUGUUUGAUAGUUUGGUGCAUUGUUUUGGGCGGGGGUUGAAAUGAACAGUGCCGAUGAAUCUCAGCUAUUCACUCACCAAUUGUUUCUCUCUGGUCUUAUCUAUUUUACAUGCAUUUGGUCUGCAAAAUUUGGUCGUGCGGGUUAAUUGUUUGCACAAUAUAUAAUUUUUCUUCUUUUCAUUAUUAUUGAUUCCAUUUACUUGUGACCUUACAUGUUCACUAUGGUGACUUGGAAAGUAUAUAUAUAUAUAUAUA